GAGGAGAGCGAGGUGUAGAGAAACCGAGGGGGAGAGAACCCGAGUGUGUGUAUGCGUGUGCGUGUGUGAGCGCGAGCGAGCUUGCGAGGGAGAAGAGCGAGAGAGUGCGAGCGAGAAAGAAUAAAAGGAAAGAAGAUUUUCUCUAUGUAUAUAAAGAUGGCCACGUUAGCAAACGGACAGGCAGACAACGCGAGCCUCAGUACCAACGGGCUCGGCAGCAGCCCGGGCAGCGCCGGGCACAUGAACGGAUUAAGCCACAGCCCGGGGAACCCGUCGACCAUUCCCAUGAAGGACCACGAUGCCAUCAAGCUGUUCAUUGGGCAGAUCCCCCGCAACCUGGAUGAGAAGGACCUCAAGCCCCUCUUCGAGGAGUUCGGCAAGAUCUACGAGCUUACGGUUCUGAAGGACAGGUUCACAGGCAUGCACAAAGGCUGCGCUUUCCUCACCUACUGCGAGCGUGAGUCAGCGCUGAAGGCCCAGAGCGCGCUGCACGAGCAGAAGACCCUGCCCGGGAUGAACCGGCCGAUCCAAGUGAAGCCAGCGGACAGCGAGAGCCGAGGAGGUAGUAGCUGCCUGCGCCAGCCCCCUUCACAAGAUAGAAAACUCUUCGUGGGUAUGCUCAACAAGCAGCAGUCCGAGGACGACGUGCGCCGCCUCUUCGAAGCCUUCGGGAACAUCGAGGAGUGUACCAUCCUGCGCGGCCCGGAUGGCAACAGCAAGGGGUGCGCCUUUGUGAAGUACUCCUCCCACGCCGAGGCACAAGCCGCAAUCAACGCUCUGCACGGCAGCCAGACCAUGCCGGGAGCCUCAUCCAGUCUGGUGGUCAAGUUUGCCGACACCGACAAGGAGCGCACGAUGCGGCGAAUGCAGCAGAUGGCUGGCCAGAUGGGCAUGUUCAACCCCAUGGCCAUCCCGUUUGGGGCCUACGGUGCCUACGCACAGGCACUGAUGCAGCAGCAAGCGGCACUAAUGGCGUCAGUCGCACAGGGCGGCUACCUGAACCCCAUGGCUGCCUUUGCCGCCGCCCAGAUGCAGCAGAUGGCAGCCCUCAACAUGAAUGGCCUGGCGGCCGCACCCAUGACCCCAACCUCAGGUGGCAGCACCCCUCCGGGCAUCACUGCACCAGCUGUGCCUAGCAUCCCGUCCCCCAUUGGGGUGAACGGCUUCACCGGCCUCCCCCCACAGGCAAAUGGGCAACCUGCUGCGGAAGCUGUGUUUGCUAAUGGCAUCCAUCCCUACCCAGCCCAGAGCCCCACCGCCGCAGACCCCCUGCAGCAGGCCUACGCGGGAGUGCAGCAGUAUGCAGGUCCAGCCGCCUACCCUGCUGCCUAUGGUCAGAUAAGCCAGGCCUUUCCUCAGCCACCUCCAAUGAUUCCCCAGCAACAGAGAGAAGGGCCCGAGGGCUGUAACCUGUUCAUCUACCAUCUGCCCCAGGAGUUUGGGGACGCUGAGCUGAUGCAGAUGUUCCUCCCUUUCGGCCACCAGAGCCACAUUGCUGAGGAGUCAGGAAGAACAAACUGGUCCUGCCCUCAGGAAGCCUCAGGCCGGCACUCUGUGCCCUCCCGCUGCCAGGCCCCCUCCUGUCAGGGAGGACAGUGUCCAAUAAACUCCUCCACCCGCAGGCUUCGUGAGCUUCGACAACCCGGCCAGCGCGCAGACCGCCAUCCAGGCCAUGAACGGCUUCCAGAUCGGCAUGAAGAGGCUCAAGGUGCAGCUGAAGCGGCCCAAAGACGCCAAUCGCCCAUACUGAGAGCCGGCGGGAGCGUCCCCCGGGGGAGACCAGGACUCGCACAGGGCAGGAUGCUGAACGGGCUACAUUAAAAAACAAACCUCUCUCUAUAUAUAUUUAUAAAUGAGAACUGUUGGAUGACACCUUUGACAUAUCAGCCAAUAUCAAUCAAGCUGAAGACUCCAGACACUCUCUGUGACUGUAACAUUUCUUCAAGGAAAGUAUAGCGUCUGUGGAGUUCAGAGGGCACGUGUUUGGGGGAAAAAUACAUAUGACACAAAGAAGAAGAAGAUGAAGAAAAAUGAGAAAAAAAAACAAACACAAAAAAGGCAACUUUAAAACAAAAUAACUCGAGACCAGAUGGGGAGGCUGAAAGGCUGGGAAGAGGGAAGAGGCGCUGCUUACCGAUCCCCGGGGCUUUUCCAGCCCAUGGGCGCCUGAGGCAGGCUGGGGCAGCGGUGUGGCGGGGCCUGGUCCCCGGGGGACGGCGGGGAGGCCGCCGCUGAGCAUCUCUAUCUGUCAUUCCUUUAGCUAUUUAGGGACCAAAGGACCAAACUUUUUAUUGCAGCUGUGUAGCUCUAUGCCCAAUAGAGGGGGAUGGAGGAGACCCUCCUUCCUGCCUCAUGGCUGUUCUUGAAACAGCUUAGAGCGAUUCUAUGAAAAAUGUAAUUAAAAAAAUAAAAAAAAAAAACAAAAAAAAACAAAAACAAAAAAAAGAAAAAUAAUGCUUCAAUGCUUUUAAAACAGCAAGAUAAUAGUUCUUUGAUACUUUGAGAGGCGCUUUGAUUACCCUCAUUCAAGUCUAUGACACUUUCCUAUGGUUUUCUGUAUUAUAUGUCUGGACGGAGCUGUUAAGAUGAACAAACUGGUGGAUAUUUGGGGAAAGCAACGAAAAUAUUAAAACUCAUUAACCGUGAAGUGUGAGAAAACAAGGAGGGGAAAAAAGGGACUUACAAGGCAAGAUAAUUGUUGUGAAAAGUCUGUAAAUGCUUCUAACUCUUCCCCCUCUUAAAAUCAUAAUAGUUGUACAGAAUUUUAAAAAGGAGAAGUUUAAAAUACCUAUAUAAUAGAAGAAAAAUUAGAGGAAAGCAAAAAAUAAAAAAAAAAAUAAAAAAGGAAAAAAAAAACCUAUAGAAGUUAGCGUUACUGCUAAAAUCCCAGAUGUUGUAGGACUGUACUUUUUUGUAGAGUUUAGACUGAGCAUCGAUCCCUUCUCCCCGCGAGUGCUGUCGGACGCCGUGGACCCCGAGGGCCAGGCCGGACUCGCCCAGACCUGCGGGCUCCUGGCCACCCGCCGCCGGUGGGGGCCGCGCCGUCGCGGGAAGGCCGCCGCCCGCCCUCGCCCGCUUCGCUCGGGAGCUGCGCGCGCUCGCCCGCUCUCCGCAAGCCCUCGACUCCUGCCGCUUCACUCGCCUUCCAUGCUUGCUCCAGAGACUUUCCGGGCAAGGGAGACCUGGGAAAUUCAUCUUAAAACAACUAAACAACACACACACACACAAAAACCUUAAACAAGAGAGAGAAAAAUAAACAAUCUUUGAAGAAUUUCUGAAACUGUUUACAAGGAAUUUUGAAAAACAGGGAUGUUUAAAUGAUGCCGGCUCUGUUUUUCUGUAAAUAAAUUUGCAUAUUUUGUAGGACUUUUAAUUGUAAUGAUAGAGAAAAAAAACAAGGAAAACUAUUUAAUGAAAGCACGAUAUUUAUCUUUGGUAAAUGACUUUAGAGCAGUUAAAAAAGACAUUGCUUAAAAAACUCAGAAUCAGAAAAAAUCACUGAAUUAUUUAAGAACACAUAUAUUUUAAAGUAUAACAUAUUUAUUAUAAUUUAUUUGCACCAUUGGGAAGACUUGCUUUGGCAUUCUGCCUUGAUACCCUCCUCUCAUUGAUGUCCAGGUCAUCUGGAGGCCAGGAGGCUCUCCGACCUACCAUUUUUCCCUUUUUUUUGCUUUAGAAGAACAACUCUCUGGUUCCUCUUAGGCCUCCUGCCUUUCCUUUCUUUCUGUGUUUUGUUAGUUAAUUAUUAUUUUUUAAAUUUUCUUUUUCUUUCUCUUGGCUCCUCCUUUUAGGAUGUCCAAAUGUUGUAAAAAAAAAAAAAAAAAA